AUGAUGGGGGCUGUGCUAAAGGAAGCUGUGAGGACCCUCAAGAUUGUGCUCUUUGCCGACGGUCUAGAUGAGUUUGCAGGAAAGCCUCCCAAGAUUACCGACAUCAUGGAAACCAUGAGGUUGUCAGGGGUGAAGAUCUGCGCUUCUAGUAGGCCAUGGCAGAUCUUUGAGGAUGCAUACGGGGAAUUCCCUCACCUCCGAGUUCAGUACCUUACAUACGGCGACAUCAAGCACUACGCGACCUCACGUUUACAAGAUGGCAAUGGCUACCGAGAAUUGGAGCGAUUGCAACCAGGGUUUUGCACUAGUCUCAUCAAAGACAUCGGUGAGAAGUCCUCGGGGAUCUUCAUCUGGGUUGUACUGGUCACUCAAUCCCUCCUAGAGGGACUCACAGCUGGUGAAGGCUCAGCAAUGCUAAAUAUGAGAUUUGACGACCUACCAAGAGAUCUCGAAGAUCUGUUCUGGAAGAUACUGUGA